AACCCCUCCUUAUUGAAUAUAAUGAGAAUGAUUUAAUAUUAGUUAAAAAAAAUAUUUCUCUUAAUCAAAAACCGCAUUGUAUAAUAAUACAUGAUGAGACAACAUUAGCCGCUAAUGAUGAUAAAAAAACUGGAUGGGAGCCUGGAGGCAGGUGUAUUCACAUUAGUGAAUUUUUAUAUGAACCUUUGGGACGUGUUUAUUUAACUGUAAAGCAACAUUUAGCCCACUCAGAAAUUUCAAAUAGAUACGUUACAGAGACACUUGAAGUUGGUAUAAACCACGAUGGUUAUUGGAAUGUUCAGUUGCUUGCUGAACAACUUAAGCGAACAAUUGAUGUUUUGGAAAUUGCACUCCCAG